CCGCGCCGGGCCCCGCGCUGGCGGCCGCCGGCACGCUGCUGGAGGCGUUCGGCAACGCGGCCACGUCGCGCAACCACAACGCCAGCCGCUUUGUAACUACCACUCCACGUACUUCCACCGAUAGAUGUAUACUGCAUUGUUUUUACUGAGGGCUGCCGUCCGUCCAGGUGCCCUCGGAUUUGUUCUAGUUAGGACGACGGGAAGCGUCGUGAGGGUUCAGGUGGCUCAAAUUGUAGUCCGGGUAUAAUCCGGAUAACUACCUACAUAUGGGUGGUGCUGAGGACCGCUCUUUUUAAAAGUCGGUUUAAAUACCAAAACCUGUCCUGAGAGUAACGAAUAAUAUCACAUCUAAGUCAAGUCAACCAAUCGCGAACAUAAAUAUACGUACAGGAACGGAUUACCUGAUGGUAAGCAAUCAGCGCCGCCCAUGGACACCCGCAACGGAGGAGUUACGAGUGCGUUGCCGACCUUUUAUUGAUUAGGGAUUUGGAGAUUUAGGGAUUGGGGAGGGGAAGGAUUGGGCCUCUGGUAACUUCACUCACACGGCGAAACAACGCUCUGGUUGUUUCACGCCGGUUUUCUGUGAGGCCGUGGUAUCACUCCGGUCGAGCCGACCCAUUCUUGCCGAAGCAUGGCUCUCCCACACUUAAAUUAAAACAAAAAAUUAAAUUAAAAAAACAUUAAAACUUAAAAGUCCGAGAUGAAAGCUACAAAACCCGGUCCUGGGGGGUAGGUUGAGGAGAUGGCAGCCCCACUCUAAGUAAACAUUAAGAGAGUAUACAGUAUGUGUAGUUUAGAGGUGGGCCUGCGGGCCGUCCGCUGUGAGUACGUAUAUUAUAGAAUAAGUCGGCAAUCGUGCAACGGAUUACCUAAUGGUAAGCAAUCGGCGCCGCUCAUGGACACGCAACAUCAAGCAUUGGGAAGGGAUAGGGGGGAGGGAGGUAUUGAGCCUGCAGGAACCACACACGGCGAAACACAACGCUGUGGUUGUUUCACGUUGUUUUUGUGUGGGGCCGUGGCAUCACUCCCAUUCGUGCCGAAGCUAAGCUGUUGUACAGUUUAUAUAAGUAAAGGACAUGCGGUGGUCGCAGCGCUGAGACGGUGACGGUGGUCGGUUGCAGGGCAAGCUGCUGGAGAUCGAGUAUGACUUCAAAGGCGAGCCGGUGGGCGGACACAUCACGCACUGUGAGUAUGCAGCGUAGUAGUGUAGCGCGCUCUACUGUCGCAUUGUAAUGACGCACUUGUUGUGUUGCAAGCAGACCUGCUGGAGAAGGAGCGCGUGUGCGGCGCCGUGCUCGGCGAGCGCAACUUCCACGUGCUGUACCAGCUGCUGGCCGGCGCCGACGUCAGCCUGCUCAAGCGGCUGCGGCUGCAGCGGUCGUGGGAGCAGUACCGCGUGCUGCGCGGGACGCCGGCGGAGGCGGAGCCCGCGUCCCCGCGCCGCGCCGCGCCCCCCGCCGCGCCCCCCUCCGUCGACCAGGACCGCGACCACUUCGCCUUCACUAUGGCGGCGCUGCGCACGCUGGGGCUGGGCGGCGCCGCCGACUCCGUGCUGCGUCUGCUGGCCUUCCUGCUGAAGCUGGCCAACGUCGACUUCGAGCCGCAGCACAACAUCGACGGCACCAUCGGCACGCGCCUGCAGCAGCGCUACGAGCUGGUGGAGGCGUGCGCGCUGGUGGGCGUGGACGCGGACGCGCUGGGCGCGGCGCUGGGCGCGGCGCCCGACGAGGACGCGGCGCCCGAGGAGGCGGCGGAGGGCGGCGCGGGGUCGCCGGGGGGCGCGGCCUGGGCCGGCGCGCGCCGCGACCGCCUGCUGGCCGUGCUGUACUCGCGCCUCUUCACGUGGCUCAUCAACGCCGUCAACGACCACAUCAAGCCGGGCGACGCGGGCAAGCGCUGCUCGCUGGGCAUCCUGGACGUGUACGGGUUCGAGUCCCUGGCGCGCAACGGGCUGGAGCGGCUGCUCAUCAACUACGCGGCCGAGCGCGUGCAGGCCGCCGUGACGGACGCCACGCUGCGGCGCGAGCAGGACGAGUACGCGCGCGAGGGGCUCCUCUGGCGGCCUCUGCACUACGCGGACCACGAGGCCGCCGCCGCGCUGCUGGACGCCGGGCCCGACAGCCUGCUGGGCGCGCUGCGCGACUGCUCGGCGCGCGGCGCCGGCGACGCCGCCUUCCUGCAGCGCCUGCAGCGCCGCCGCCACCCGCGCCUGCUCGUGCUGCCGCCCGACCGCUUCCAGGUGGUGCACUUCGGCGGCAGCGUGGUGUACAGCGCGCGCGGCAUGGUGGCGCAGAACCGCGACGGCGUGUGCUCGCGGAGCGCGGCGGUGCUGGCGUCGGCGCGCUGCGCGCUGCUGGGCGCGCUGUUCGCGGCGGAGCGCGCGGGGUCGCCGCGGCGGCCGGCGGCGCUGGGCUGCCGGCAGCGCGCGCUGGUGGCGGCGCUGGUGCGGCGCCUGCCGGCCGCGCCGCGCCUGGUGCGCUGCCUGCGCGCCGACGCACAGCUGCGCCCGCACCGCUUCGACGCCGCGCUGCUCCGCCACCAGAUCCGCUCGCAGGGGUCAGUACGCACACCCCGGUCGCCUACAACCGCAUUAUAUAUUUCUCAAUGGUUCAUAUCUUAUUCCUCAUUGUAA